AUGCGUCUCGCAGCAGCAUCAGCCGCACUCCUCGCAUCCGCCUCAGCCGUCGACGCUGGCUUCAGCAGCGGCGGCCCGGCCACACCGCACGUGGGCCUUGUCUCGCGCCUGCACCAGAACGCACUCCAUCACAGCGCGAGCCUCGCCAAGGAUAUUCGCAUAGCAUUCCGCGGUCUGCUGUCAGAUCCUCCCCGCAAGGACAAGAAGACCAAGCUCGGGAAACGCGCGACGCAGAAACCGUUCUGUGUCUCGCGCACCGGAAACGGAACCUCGAGUGGCUCUGAUUCCGGCUCGAGCGCUCAACCCAGUACAUCUGGUGUACGACCUCCGGCUGCAUCGUCCACACCUGUUGCUUCAGGCUCGUCUCAGAGCGCAAGUGGGUCUUCAACGAAGACUGCUAGCAGCAGUGCUUCUUCCGCUACGCCGACUUCCGCGUACAACCUCGAGCAGAGCUAUACCGGUAGUGACUUCUGGACCAAAUGGGACUUCUUUACCAACGCGGAUCCUACUGGCGGCACAGUCACCUAUGUCGACGCCAGUACAGCUCAAUCAUCCGGCCUCGCAUAUGUUACAUCCAACAAUAGCGCGGUCAUGGCCGUCGAUACCACCGCCGUUGUCACUGGUGGUCGCAAGAGUGUCCGUAUCCAGAGCCAAUACUCCUUUAACGAGGGUCUUGUCAUCUUGGACGCGACACACAUGCCCACCGGGUGCGGAACAUGGCCUGCGUUUUGGACCAAUGGUCCGAAUUGGCCAUACACGGGCGAGAUUGACAUCCUUGAGGGGGUCAACGACUACACGGAGAAUCAGGCGACGAUCCAUACCACGACCGGUUGCACCAUGAACAGCACGUCUGGCUCGACGGGAACGCUCGUCAGCGUUACGAACUGCGAUGCGACGGCAACGGACAACCAGGGCUGUGGUCUUCGCGAUUCGCGCACGAAUAGUUACGGCGCUGGGUUCAACAGCGUCGGAGGAGGGGUCUACUCCAUGCUUUGGGACGAUUCCGGGGUAUCCGUCUGGUUUUUCCAGCGCUCGAAGAUCCCCUCCGAUAUCUCCUCUUCGGCCCCGAACCCUGACAACUGGGGCACACCCAUGGCGUUCUGGUCUGGCGAGUCCUGCAACCCCUCAACGUUCUUCAAGGACCACUCGGCUAUUUUCGAUACUACACUCUGUGGCGAUUGGGCCAGCGGUGUCUGGAGCACUGGGAAUACGGCGGGUCAGGGCGAUAGCUGCGCGACGAGCACGGGCGUCGCGACAUGUUCGGACUACGUGCUGAACAACGGAGCGGCGUUCGCCGAGGCUUUCUGGGAGGUCAACUACGUGAAGAUCUUCCAGCACAAGUAA